CCGCAGCUGCUGCCUCCGCGGUCGCCGCGGAGCUCCACGAGUAGAACGGCGGAGGCGGGCUCGGGCGGGACGGGGGCUGCGGCCACUGUGCAGAAUGGAGAUAAUCAGGAGCAAUUUUAAGAGUAAUCUUCACAAAGUGUACCAGGCCAUAGAGGAGGCCGACUUCUUCGCCAUCGAUGGGGAGUUUUCAGGAAUCAGUGAUGGACCUUCAGUCUCUGCCUUAACAAAUGGUUUUGACACUCCGGAAGAAAGGUAUCAGAAGCUUAAAAAACAUUCCAUGGACUUUUUGCUGUUUCAGUUUGGCCUUUGCACUUUUAAGUAUGACUACACAGAUUCAAAGUAUAUAACAAAGUCAUUUAACUUCUAUGUUUUCCCGAAACCCUUCAAUAGAUCCUCACCAGAUGUCAAAUUUGUUUGUCAGAGCUCAAGCAUUGACUUUCUAGCAAGCCAAGGAUUUGAUUUUAAUAAAGUUUUUCGCAAUGGAAUUCCAUAUUUAAAUCAGGAAGAAGAAAGACAGUUAAGAGAGCAGUAUGAUGAAAAACGUUUACAGUCCAAUGGUGCAGGAGCUCUAUCGUAUGUAUCUCCUAAUGCUUCAAAAUGUCCCAUAACAAUUCCUGAGGAUCAGAAGAAGUUUAUUGACCAAGUCGUAGAGAAAAUAGAAGAUUUAUUACAAAGUGAAGAAGACAAGAACUUGGAUUUAGAGCCAUGUACUGGGUUCCAAAGAAAACUAAUUUAUCAGACCUUGAGCUGGAAGUACCCCAAAGGCAUUCAUGUUGAGACUUUAGAAACUGAAAAGAAAGAGCGAUAUAUUGUUAUCAGCAAAGUAGAUGAAGAAGAACGCAGAAGAAGAGAACAGGAGAAACACGCUAAAGAACAGGAAGAACUGAAUGAUGCUGUGGGAUUUUCUAGAGUCAUUCAUGCCAUUGCUAAUUCGGGAAAACUUGUUAUUGGACACAAUAUGCUCUUGGAUGUCAUGCACACAGUUCAUCAGUUCUACUGCCCUCUGCCUGCGGACUUAAAUGAGUUUAAGGAGAUGACAACAUGUGUUUUCCCCAGACUUUUGGAUACUAAAUUGAUGGCCAGCACACAACCUUUUAAGGAUAUCAUUAACAACACAUCCCUUGCGGAAUUGGAAAAGCGGUUAAAAGAGACACCUUUCAACCCUCCUAAAGUUGAAAGUGCAGAAGGUUUUCCAAGUUAUGACACAGCUUCUGAACAGCUCCACGAGGCAGGCUAUGAUGCUUAUAUCACAGGACUGUGUUUCAUCUCCAUGGCAAACUACCUAGGUUCUUUUCUUAGUCCUCCAAAAAUUCAUGUGUCUGCCAGAUCAAAACUCAUUGAACCUUUUUUUAACAAGUUAUUUCUUAUGAGAGUCAUGGAUAUCCCCUAUCUAAACUUGGAAGGCCCAGACUUGCAACCUAAACGCGAUCACGUUCUCCACGUGACAUUCCCCAAAGAAUGGAAAACCAGCGACCUUUACCAGCUUUUUAGUGCCUUUGGUAACAUUCAGAUAUCCUGGAUUGAUGACACAUCAGCAUUUGUGUCUCUCAGCCAGCCUGAACAAGUACGAAUUGCUGUCAAUACCAGCAAAUAUGCAGAAAGCUAUCGGAUCCAGACCUAUGCUGAGUAUGUGGGAAAAAAGCAUGAGGAGAAGCAGAUCAAGAGAAAGUGGACAGAAGAUAGUUGGAAGGAGGCUGAGAGAAAGCGGUUAAACACGCAGUGCGUAUCCUAUGCUCUGCAUAACCACUAUCACCACACCAACAGUCUCACAGCUACCAGCGCAGGAGGAAAGAGAAAUCUGAGUCCCAGUCAAGCAGAAGCUGGCUUGGAGGCCAGAGUAUCGGGGGAGACUUCUGACGCUGAGCUUGAGCAGACAGAUUCCUGUGCAGAAGCCCUCUCAGAGGGAAGGAAGAAGGCCAAGAAAUUAAAAAGAAUGAAGAAAGACCUUUCUCCAGCAGGAAGCAUCUCACACAGCUCUGCCAAGCUCUUUGAAGUCCCUGACACGUGGUAACCCAGACCCGAGGGAAACAAAUUGCUGGUACUGUCGCGGAGGAAGAAUCAGCCAGCACAUUUGGAAGCCAUACUGUAUUUAAUUUAAUAAAUGUGGUAUGGGAGGGGUUUGAAACCAA